AUGACCCGGCAGUCCCUGGCGGCCGGCAAGGUGUCCUUGGCGCUCGCGAGGCACUCCGAGACGGUGCGGAGCAGCGCCCCGCUUGCCGACCUGGUCUGGAGCCUGUCGCAGGCGAAGACGUACCGCAACACGACUGCCGCCGAGGCGGACUACGCGGCACGCUUCGUCACGGAGUCCAUACCAUGGCCGUACCGGUUUUUCGAGGUCUUCUUCUGCGUCGUGUUCACCUCGGAGCUCGUGCUGCGGGUGAGGGUCUACGGGGUGAGCUUCUUCUGGAAGAGGGAUCGCGGCGUGCUCUGGAAUUAUUUCGACCUUUUAGUGGUCGGCGCGCAGCUGGUGCAGGAGUGCAUCGAGUUCAUGAAGUCCAGCACCAAUGCUAACAACGAUGCUGGAAACCUACGCAUACUGCGUAUUCUUCGGGUGUUGAGGAUAGUGCGCAUCUUCCGAUUGGUGCGCGUAUUGCACCUCAUCAGCGAACUGCGAACAAUCGUGAGCUCUAUCAUGGGAUCUUUCAAGUCGCUCUUCUGGACAGUGGUCUUGCUUCUGCUGAUGAUGUACAUAGUAGGCGUGUGGUUCCUCCAGUCGGUGACCGACCAUUUCAUACAACGCUCGGAUGUUGACGCCGACGGCAACACCAUCGGCCUCUCCACUGAAGAAGCCCAGCUCAGGAAACAUUUCGAUUCGCUCUCCCAGACGAUCUUCUCGCUGUGGCAGUCGCUCUCUGGGGGCGUCGACUGGAGCGACGUGGCCGACCCGCUUGUCUCGGAGGUCGGGUUCCUGCUGGGACUCGGGUUCGCCGCCUUCAUCGCGUUCUCGCUGCUCGCGCUGAUGAACGUGGACGGUAUUGUCACCACCCUCCUGCACAUCGUGCUCGGGACCGUCGGGUCGGACCCCUUGUCCGAAGCGAAGACUGUGACCCAGAUCACCACAGUUUUGAACAAGUUGACUGAGAAGAUGGGAGUGGAGUCUCAGGUGGCUGUGGGGAAGUCGCCAAAGAAACGCACGCCCAAGAACACACAAGUACCGCCGACACUUCAGAAGAUACGUGAGUACCUGAAGUACGUGCGGGUCAACCACAUCAAGGUCACGGAGGAGCAGGUGCAGGACAAGCUGCGCGGCCUCCUCACGAGAACCACGGCGGCAUCGACGUGGCUCAACGGGGGACCUGCUGCUGAGAAGCCGCAGGAUACAAAGUUGGUCGUACAUUCUCAGCCGUGGGGCACGGCGAAGAUUGUCAAGGCCGCCAAUAUCAGGACGACGACACUCGACGGCCCUGCUGUCAUCACGUGCCAGUCGGCCACGGAGUACGAGCAGGCAACACAGUGGCUCGGAUCCAUCAAAGAGCAGCCCAGUGGGAUGACGUUCAUUGUCUUCAAUGCACCGUCGAUUUUGGCUGGGGCUACCACUACCGAGGAGGCGACAGCAGAGGUGAAAGCAGAAGUACGUGACAAGGACGGCGACGUGGGCAUGGAGAAUGCCGAGGAAGGAGACGGAGAUUGCUUUUUCUUGACGGCCUCCCACGGCAUACGAGCGAACCAAUCCAAGCCAAAGCAGAUGGCGGAGAAGGAGAUGGGCCCUGGCGGUGCACUCCAGGCCAACCUGCGCAUGAUCGUGUCCGCCACCAUGACGGACAACAAACGCUAUCCCCAGGAUGAGGCCCGCAAGGCAGCCAAGACUGGGGAAUGGGCCACAUCGGCCAUGGUGAGAGCAGCAGCGGUCACCACGAAGACGAACUUCUCUAUCUGGAAAAAGUCCCGCACUGGAACGUGGACCUUGUAUACCGCCCCAGCGGACAUCAAGACCAAGCAGGCAGUAUGGGCGACGUUAGUGGACAAGCAUUACAAACUUCUUCUUCCAAAGUCGGUGAUGAGGCUGUCGAUGACCCUCUACCUGAUCAUGAUCUACCAGCAUGCCGCCCUGAGCGCUACAACUAUUAUUUUUGUGACUGCGGGUGGAAGCCCGAUGGAGCGCAUGCGCCCUGUCACGUUCUACAACAAGCACGAGUACACUGGCGAGCCUGAUGUGAAGCCCAGCGUCUGCCAGAUCACGGAGGACAACGUUGAGACGGUCAAGGACGGCAAGCAGGGCAACACGGUAUAUUCUUGUACGAGAUGCGGCAGACGCAAGACGUUGGCCAAGCAUAUUCUGAAGAAAGGGAACACCGCGUGGGCAGUCUGUGCUAGGCGACCAGGAGAUCCACGCAAAGUCAAGGAGGCUACGCACGACGUCUGGGCCAGGAUGGUCAACAGGGACUACGCGGACCAGAUCGAGGCGGCACAUAAGAAGACGCAGGAAAAGCGGAGACGCAAACAAGGUACUCCAGAGAUGAAGGCCAAGCGCCAAGAAUAUUACAAGAGGCGGAAGCUGAUAAGAUCCUCCAAACGCUUGAAGACAGGUAUAGAAGAUGAAGUGGAACACCCUGACCACGGGGUUGACCAGACCGAAGAUCAAGUCAACGAGACGGAGCCACAGGGCUCAGAGAACGACCAGGGCGAGAGCAUCGAUCGCCUGCAGGUAGCCACGAUCAACGUCACCAGCAUCUCGAAGGCCAGAUUGUCGGAGAUCCUGGAUACCCCACCCAAGUACAUGGGCGCCAAGCUCUUGCCAGGGAUCCCCCACCACGCAAUGGUCAAGUACCAGUUGGAGAUACCAUACGUUACUAUCCCACGGUACCGACUACACCACACGGCUUCCUUCUUACCGGUGGUCAACACCAGGACGGUUACGGCCGAGUACAAGAGCCUCUUGAAGGAAUCGCUAGAUGCAGUGUGCGCGGCUCCCCAUAUUAGUGGGGCCAUCGACCUGGAUCUCAACAACGACACGGAUGUCCCGCUGGUUACGAGGUGGCGCUACUGGCACGAGCGAGCGGAGGCAGCACUCAACAUCGCAGUUGACAAAAAGCUGGUGGAGAUUGACCGCCUACCUGAGAGGAGCAAGGGCUCCCAACCCACGCAGAGGCAGGGAACGUCAGCGAUGGCUGAGGUCUCCCCACGGCACUUCAUGGAUAUUGCCAGAGCGGCCUUCGAGGGUAUCGUCAACAUGAAAGCAGAAGGUAUUGCAUCGAACAUGAAGGCUGUCCACCAGGAGAACUACAUGAUCUGGUAUUCGCCUGGAGAGUGGCAGGUAUGCCCAAGGGAGAGGAAGGAUUCGGAGGAGGUCGAGUCAGUGGACGUCGACGCCUGCAGCAACAAAGUGUUCACAAAGUGGUUUCAUUCAUUGAGUAUUGCCGAGAAGUUCACGGACUUGAAGGACGACUUCAUGACCCUGCACCGCCUCCCGUGCGGCGCAGAGUUCGUGUUGCUGCGUAACUACCACGAGUGGAUCUACCCCAUGGUCAGGGUAUUCCACCUCGUCUUCUAUACGCUGAUGAACGUGGUUACGGGACGCGCUGAGCAGGAGGAGGAAAACUUCCUCACAAGCCAAAUCAUCCAGCUCUUCCACAAGUGCAAGGACGACCACCGAGCAGGGCCUCGAGGACCUUCGGCCACGUCCGCCGACCUUUGGGGGAGCAUCACUGAGCAAGAGCUCGAGGAGCGACUGCAGGACCCGGCGCUGGCAAAGGAAUGGAGUAACAUCAGCGUCAGCGCCGACGAGGCUCAGUAUGUGUUUGCAUUGCUCGACGUUGAAGAAAAAGGGGAGGUGCAGUUCGAGGAGUUCCUGAGCGCAUGCCUGCGCCUGAAGGGCAACGCGAAGUCCCUGGACAUGCUGAUCCAGCUUCAGGAGUCCCGACACAACGCGAAGGUAAUAGAGGAAGUGCUCGCCAGGAUCGAAGAGAGCAUAUCCAGACUGCCAGAGUCGCUCCAGGCUCUGCCGAGCCCCAAGGGCCCAGUGUUCGCGUACUGGCAGCACCGCUUGCAAAACAAGCGUGUCUCCAACCUCGGCCUCAGGGCCAUGCACAUCAUGCAGUUUGCAGGCUACCUUUGCCGCUUGGUCGGUCUGGUCGUUUAA